AGAAAAGAGGGAGCGAAACAUGAGAGGCUGUGUGAGAAGCUGCAGCCGCCGGCAGAGGAGACCUCAGCAUCAUCUAGAGCCCAGCGCUGGCCCUGCCUCCGCCUGCCCCGCCGCCGCCGCCGACGUUUCUGUUCCUGCUACUGUCUCACCUAAACAACUCCCGUUACACCGACAAGUGAACGUCUGUGACCGUCUUCUCUUCUUCCUCCUCCUUUUCCAACUCCUUCUCCUCCCACUUCCCAGCUGCAGCGGAAAGCCCCUAACCCAACUGACACUGGCACAACCGCAGACGGUGUCAUCUGCGCCACUUUAUCUCGCUCCUCGGGCUCCCCUGAGGCACCGGACCCAUCGCCUCGUCUUUUCUUUUUUGCAAAGUUGCAUCGCUCUACGUAUUUUCGCCCCGGCCACUUCCCUCAGCCUCUCCGGUGUCCCGCCGCCCCGUAGCCUCCUCCUGGAGCUGCGCCCUAGUGCCCCUGCUGGGCAGUGGCCGUCCCCCCCACCCUCCCGCGCCCAGCCCCUGCCGCUCACGGCAGACGAUGCUGAAGAUGCUGUCCUUUAAGCUGCUACUGCUGGCCGUGGCUCUGGGCUUCUUUGAAGGAGAUGCUAAGUUUGGGGAGAGAAGCGAAGGGAGCGGAGCAAGGAGGAGAAGGUGCCUGAAUGGGAACCCCCCAAAGCGCCUGAAAAGGAGAGACAGGCGGAUGAUGUCCCAGCUGGAGCUGCUGAGUGGGGGAGAGAUGCUGUGCGGUGGCUUCUACCCUCGGCUGUCCUGCUGCUUGCGGAGUGACAGCCCCGGACUGGGGCGCCUGGAGAACAAGAUAUUUUCUGUUACCAACAACACAGAAUGUGGGAAGUUACUGGAGGAAAUCAAAUGUGCACUUUGCUCUCCACAUUCUCAGAGCCUGUUUCACUCACCUGAGAGAGAAGUCUUGGAAAGAGAUCUAGUACUUCCCCUGCUCUGCAAAGACUAUUGCAAAGAAUUCUUUUAUACUUGCCGAGGCCAUAUUCCAGGUUUUCUUCAAACAACGGCGGAGGAGUUUUGCUUUUACUAUGCAAGAAAAGAUGGUGGAUUGUGCUUUCCAGAUUUUCCGAGAAAACAAGUCAGGGGACCAGCAUCUAACUAUCUGGACCAGAUGGAAGAAUAUGACAAAGUUGAAGAGAUCAGCAGAAAGCACAAACAUAAUUGCUUCUGCGUUCAGGAGGUUGUGAGCGGGUUGCGGCAGCCUGUGGGCGCCCUGCACAGUGGGGAUGGCUCCCACCGUCUCUUCAUUCUGGAAAAAGAAGGUUACGUGAAGAUUCUCACCCCGGAAGGAGAAAUAUUCAAGGAGCCUUAUUUGGACAUUCACAAACUUGUUCAAAGUGGAAUAAAGGGAGGAGAUGAAAGAGGACUGCUAAGCCUUGCAUUCCAUCCCAAUUACAAGAAAAAUGGAAAGCUGUAUGUGUCUUAUACCACCAACCAAGAACGGUGGGCUAUCGGGCCUCAUGACCACAUUCUUAGAGUUGUGGAAUACACAGUGUCCAGGAAAAAUCCCCAUCAGGUUGAUUUGAGAACAGCCAGAGUGUUUCUGGAAGUUGCGGAGCUGCACAGAAAGCAUCUGGGAGGACAACUGCUCUUUGGUCCAGACGGCUUUCUGUACAUCAUCCUCGGAGAUGGGAUGAUCACGCUGGACGAUAUGGAAGAAAUGGAUGGGUUAAGUGAUUUCACAGGCUCGGUACUACGGCUGGACGUGGACACAGACAUGUGCAGCGUGCCUUAUUCCAUACCGCGGAGCAACCCGCACUUCAACAGCACCAACCAGCCCCCAGAAGUGUUUGCCCACGGGCUCCAUGAUCCAGGCAGAUGCGCUGUGGAUCGACAUCCCAUGGAUAUAAAUAUCAAUUUAACAAUACUUUGUUCAGAUUCCAUUGGAAAAAACAGAUCAUCAGCCAGAAUUCUACAGAUAAUAAAGGGGAAAGAUUAUGAAAGUGAACCAUCGCUUUUAGAAUUCAAGCCAUUCAGUAAUGGUCCUUUGGUUGGUGGAUUCGUUUACAGAGGCUGCCAGUCUGAAAGACUGUAUGGAAGCUAUGUGUUUGGAGAUCGUAAUGGAAAUUUCUUAACUCUCCAGCAAAGUCCAGUGACCAAGCAAUGGCAAGAGAAACCACUCUGUCUUGGCACCAGUGGUUCCUGUCGAGGCUACUUUUCCGGUCACAUCUUGGGAUUUGGAGAAGAUGAAUUAGGUGAAGUUUACAUUUUAUCAAGCAGUAAGAGUAUGACCCAGACUCACAACGGAAAACUCUACAAAAUUGUCGAUCCAAAAAGACCUGUAAUGCCCGCGGAAUGCAGAGCCUUGGUACAGCCUGCGCAGACACUGACCUCAGACUGCUCCCGGCUCUGUCGCAACGGCUACUGCACCCCGACGGGGACCUGCUGCUGCAGUCCAGGCUGGGAGGGGGACUUUUGCAGAAUCGCAAAAUGUGAGCCAGCGUGUCGUCACGGAGGUGUCUGUGUUAGACCCAACAAGUGCCUCUGUAAGAAAGGAUAUCUUGGUCCUCAGUGCGAACAAGUGGACAGAAACAUCCGCAGAGUGGCCAGGGCAGACAUCACCUAGAUGAAACACCUUUACCCUGUCCUGUAAAAUACUAAAGUUACAUUUUUCACCAACUUAAUUGGAGAGAAGGGGAAUGAGAAAGCAGUCUUUAAUGUGCUGUGGAUCUAAUCUAGCAAUGUAUCCUUUGCCAACAUGUAAUCAUUAACGACGGAUGAAAAAGCAAGAAAACAGCCAAUCCUUAUAAAAUUGCAGCAUUAAACAUUUGUAAAGUGUCUCUCACCAUAGCAAGACUGUCAGAGUAUAUGUGCUUAGAAUGUUACAGAUUCCACACUGAAUCGAACCUCACUGGAAAAGAGCUCACUCGUUUAUAUCAAAUCUGGGGGCUGUGUAAGCUGUCACUUGUACAAAUUUUUAAUAUAAUAAUUCUUGCCAAAUAUGAUUUUUCAUGUAUAUGCUCCUUCAGAACUCAUUGAAAAUACCCUCUGGCUAAUCUAUCAAUAAAUUUUCUGUAAAUAAUCUGUUCAGAGUUUUAAAAGAAAUGACAUUUUCCAACAAGACUGCAGAAAGCCUGGUUACAGUUUUCUUAAUGGUUUUCCGGGCCAUCUCUUCACAUUUGGAUUCUAACAAAAUCAUAAGGCCUCUUUGCACUACUGAAAACACACGUCCACUCAUAAUAAGCACAACACCCACAGUAGCUGGCCUUCUAUAAACAUCCACUCCUCUGGAAUCUAAAUUGUGGAAGUGUAUAGACUAUGCAGCUUUGACUGACUUUCCAAACCUGCUCCUUACCUUUAGGAAUAUGAGCCUCAAUUAAAUUUUUUAAAAAUUUCAUAGCUAGUACUUCUCUAUUGUUUCAAGGGAGAGACUUGCAAUUAAAGCAUGGUGAACAUUUAUAUAGAAAUUACAAUGUAGAGAGAUUGGUUAAGUACACUGCUCUUGUCUUCCAUAUAUGAUUACUUAAGUUUCAAGUGACCUCAUGCCAAAUGGAAAUGGGUUGAGAAAUCUUGGUUCAGUGCUUCAGGAACAAUAGCCUGCAUUAAAAAGUGCAUGCAUAAUUUUGCACAAUUUAGAUUCAAUUGGCAGUCUAUUCAAAGAAGUCUCAGGAUUAAAUGAGCAUGGAGACCAAAUUGCCCUCUUACCCCAGAAAAGGGGUGGUCCCUUCUAGUCUCACUAACACUUCAUUGGCCCAACAGUGUGACAAAUCUUGCAAUGAACCAUGCAGUAGCCUGCAUCUGUAGGUUAAUAGCAAUCUUUUGUCUCCAUUGCUUUCUCUUCAUAGCCCUUUUACUGAAUUCCAUCACAGAAAGUUUUACAAUUAAAAAAAAAAUGUCCUGACAACCAUUUUUGUAAAUGGACCUUACCAUCUAAUCGUCCCUUAUUCAACGUGGGUGACAUUAACAAAAUGUGAACUUCUUGUGAGGGAGCCAGCUGUCUAAAUCUGUCAAAUUGUGCAGUUUUAUUACACAUUCUCUUAUUCAUAGUUUGAGUGAAAGCAAUACUGAUACUGCUAUAUAUUCAGUGAAAUCUUAAAAAUCAAACAUAUCUUCUUACAUCUUUAAUCUUUCCAUCUCUUCCCCCAAAGAAAAGGUGUUCUAUUGCCAUUACUUCUACUAUUUAAAAUAAUCUAUAUUAAAUUAACCAGACCCAGAAUUUUUUAUAGAGCUGUUUCCCAAGCGAAAGAGUUUCAAAUGACUUGGAAAAACAUAUGUACCCCAGGUGUCAUUGCCUUUUCUAUUGUGAGAGAAUAAAAGACCAAAUUUCUCUAAAAAGGAGAUAGCAGGGUCCACGGAUAUUAAAUCCAAGCAAAGACACAAAAGUCAUUGGAGUUAUUUCUUUCUGCUCUUAGGAGAAAAGUAGCAAGCAAAGGUUAAUUGAUGGCUACACAUUUUAAAUUAAGUGAUCAAUUUGAAAAACUUCUUUGACCUUUUUUUUUUUAAGUAGAUUUUUAAAAUGCAUGACUUCAGUGAGUUAUGAUGAGAGGCAGGUAGGUAUUGCUUAAAAAUAAUGAGUUUGGGAAAAGUAAUUGUUUCACCACACAAAAGGCAUAAUCUACUCAGUUCAUAAAGCAUAUGAUCUAAAAUGAAAGAAAAAUCUCCUUGAUAUGAAUGCCCAUGUGUCAGAUAAAGAUGAAACAAAGAAAGAGACAAAUGUAUUUUAGUAUGCCCUUGUUCAUUUUAGAGCUAAACUUUGGGUGUCAUUUGACUGUGGGAUAAUGCUACAAUGGUUUUCAAUAUUUUGAAAUAACCUUCCAUCUCUGCCAAACUCUUGUCCUGGUUCAUGAACCUUGUUUUCUUUUCUUUUUUUCUUUUUUUUUUUUUGUGACUUCUUUAAUUUUUUUUAAGAUGUUGAUGGCCCUUUAUUUUAUUCAUUUAUUUAUAUGUGGUCCUGAGAAUCAAACCCAGUGCCUCACACAUGCUAGGCUAGCACUCUACCACUGAGCCACACCCCUACCUGAACCUUCUUUUCUUGACAGUUAAUUAAGAUAAUAAGACAAAAACUGAAUUGGCAGAUCACCAAAGUGAAAAGGAGGAAAGACUUAAGAAAACUUAGGUGAUGACAGAUGUACUUCCAUAAAUACCUUUUCUUCUUGGAAUUUUAUUUCAGCAUACCUAUUGUAAAGUAUUUUUUAUAUUAUCACAAAGUAUACUCAGAAAUUUUCUCAGAUUAGUGAAUCUGUCCCAUAGAGAGAGCAAAGAAACCUAAACAUACAACAUACACACGCAGCUAAAAACAAUUCUCUGCAUGUCGUUGAUACACCUCUCAGAACAGUCACUUCUGUAUUUAUGUGGAAAUAACUACAGAAUAAUUUACUAAAAAUUUUCAAUCCAUUUGUUUUUUUAUAUUGUUUUAAUUUAUGAAUUAUAAACCAUACAAAAUCUACUAGGUAUAAGAUUAUUGGUCAGAUGCUACCUUUAGGGUCUUUCAAAGUACACAUUAAUUUAAACCUUUAUUUGUCUCAACUUUCUGUUAAGUCUCUUAACUGUAACACAUCAAAGAGGAACCAAGUCUAAAUUUUUAAGAGGAAAAAUAAAGAAUAUCAUGGGAAGUUGUAGUUGAGAGAUUAACAAAUUAGUUUCUGAGCAUCUGUAUAGAAAGUUACUGAAGAUAUCUGUCUUUUCCUGACCUCUCCCUCCUUCUUCCCCCACUGUUCCCUCUCUUCCUCUCUCUCUGUCUUUUAAUUUCCCCUUCCAUUUCCAUUUCUUUCCAUUUCCCUCUCCUCUAUUUUCUUUUGGUUUGGGCUAAAUAAAUCUGUCCUCAAUAGGCCCAUUAUAAACAUGCCCUGGGCCAGUAGCUGUGGAUUUGGCUCAUUAUGAUCUUUUCUUUAUUUUCCUAAAAAAUACCCUCUUCUGGUAUCACCUUGCUCAAGUUCUGUACCAUGAAGAAUAGUAGACAAAUAGCAUACUAGAUUGAUCUAUUAUAGUCAUUUAGAGAAAUCAGGAAGAGCACACAUGGCUACUGGUCCAGUAGCCCCUGUGCAUCUUGUCUGUUGUAGCCACAGGAAAGAGAGGGGAAAAAAAAAAAAAUCAAUAGCUGGAGCUAACAGUCGAAUAGGAGUAGCUAUUUCCUACCCAAGCAAUAGCCAUCUCUUAAGGAGUUUACUUUAAAGAUUAUUCCAAAUCUGCGAGGGAAAAAAAAUUAGAAUGGUUCCUCUAUGAAGACUUCAGAAGCUUCUUUUUCUACCCCUGGGAUGAUAUUUGAACUUUGUAGAGAACUCAGACCAAAGUGCCAUGUCCUGAAAAUUGAUGGCCUGUUACUAGGAAUGCAGCUAGAAUAGCCUCCUUACCAAGUUCCUCCUUAGACUAUCUGAAAUCUGUGUUGCUAUCUUACCUUCUGUCUCUUUGUCACACCUCCAACAAUUAAUAUGAUAUCAAGGAAGGUGGGAAACCUAGAAAAAGAAACAUUUAGAUAUGGAAAACAUGGCCAUGAGACUUGAACCUGAAUGCCAACCACCUCCAGACCUUCUUCCUCUUGACUGUUGCCUUUCAAGACUUUCUGUAAAUUACCUUCAAAUAACUUUUCAGGAGAGUGAGAGGCAUUCCUGAGAGUGUGAGGGACUGUGUACAGUCAUAUCCUUCUCAGUCAGAGCGCCAGUGUCCCUAGCUGCUAUGGAGAGAUUUGCUCACUUCCAAGAUUAGUGUUUUCUUAAAUUCUUUGUUAAAUACGAGCCCAAGAGACACCCAUCAUUUACCUUGCUUUCCCUUACCAUUUCUAUAGGUCAGAUACCAGUCAGUUGAAAAAAAUGAAAAAAUAAUGGAUCUCUUGCAUCAACUUAAAGCCUUAUGUCUAAAACCUGUUGUUUUUUCUAGCCAGACAAUAGUGACAUUAAAAAAAAAAUACUACCAAUUCAACAGUAACUCUUAGAUUAUCCCUUAUGUACAUCAUAAAGUCAAAUAUUAUUUCCCAUGUGGAGUUUUCUUUUUAUCUUUUGGAGUAUAUAGAUUAUUUAUACUUAAUUCCAAAAUAUAUGUGUACAUAUACAGGCAAGUUAACAUACAUGUAUGGUGAGUUAUCUCCAUUGACUAUAACCUUUUAAGUAAGCUCACACACACAUUUUAGCAUGUAGUAUAUACACUAUAGAAAGACUGGACAUUGACAGUGAUGGGAAGCUCAUAUGGCUAAAUUAUACAGCAAGCUUUUCUUCACAGUUAGAAACUAAUCCUUGCAUAUUUUCCUCUACACUAAAAAAUAACAAAACAGGCUGGACUGGGGAUGUAACUCAGUGGUAGAGCCUAGCAUGUGCAAAACUCUGGGUUUAAUCCCCAAUACUACAAAACCAAAACCAAAAACUAGUUGACAGCUUCCAUUCACAUGAACGAGGUAUGAUCCAGUUUGGUAUGGUCCAUGCCAAAAUGUACGCGUUGAAUGCUUCUUCACUUCAUAUUCUAAAUCAGAGGCAUGACCUUCCUGGAAUAAGUUAAGAUUUCAUAUGCAAUAGGGUUCUUUUCAUAAUACCAUUACCAAGAAGUUAAACUGACCAACUGAUGAGAUAUCAGAUAUUUCCCACAUCUCAUUAAAGUUACAGGUUGUAUUUGGACAUGAAUUUCACCAGGAAUCAUAAAGUAACAAGAUAAAUGAUGCUGAUGUCCUAGGAAUUUAUGGAACUUGAUUCCCUAGGCAUGCCAUAGUAGACUUUUUAUUUAGAAGAAACAGAUUUGAUUAGAAUUUUAAAAUACUGAAUUAUUACAAUUUAAAAACCUGAAGGAAUAUGAAAGGCAAACCCUGUGUCCUCUCUGACUUAAUCUGUGAUAAAUUUUGUCUGGUUUUAAAGACCAAUUAUCCGUUUCAUUCUUUCUAAUGUAUUUUGGUUUUUCUAGUUGUUCAUUUUAUUUAAGUCUGUUGAAAAUUAGGGCAAUUUGUCCAUUCUGUGAGCCUUACUCACAGAAGAUUCCAGAACCUAUUCAUGUUUGGACUUCUGUUAGUAAGAGGCACAAGACUACAAGAACAAUUAGUAAAAUAAGGUUUGGUCCAAGUUUAAAGGAGCAGAGUUAAUACAUGAACUGGUUGGGAUUUCUAUAAAAGUUCUUUUGAAAAAUAACAUUCAAAGUUAUUGGUUCACAUAAUCCAUCUGAGUUUGAACUGAUCUGAUUUAUUUAAUCAAGUUACAUAACAUGCAGUUCUCUGAUUGAUCUUCUACUAUUCAGCCAUUCAUACAUUUAUUAACUCAAAAACAUUUAUCGAAGUGCCUGGUGUGAUUAUGUGCUGUAGAACAGGCAAAGACAUUUACAUGGAUGGGGUUGUGAACCCAAUGGGUACAAUGAACGUGUUGGAAGUAAAAGACAAUUUUACAUCCAUCCAGCUUCAAUUCAGCUCAACAUUAGAAUACAGCAUAACAGUACAGAUGAUCUAAAGAACAUCUGUGUGUAUCUGUAUGUGUGCACACAUCCAUGUAUAUAUAUUUAUCUCUGUACAAACACUACAUAUGUAUACACACUAUCUAUGUAAUAUAUAAUAUAUGUAUAAUGCAUAUAAAUUCUAACAAGUGUUAUUUGUGUUAUCUUUAAAAUAGAUCAAUUGUAUCUUGAAGUGGUAAAUGCAGAGAAUUGGUUUUAUUGUUGAUCUGUGGAUUUAAUGAUUUUUAGGUGAAAAGGAUGUUUAAGUGUAUAAUUUCUUUUCUUAAUUUAAUAUAUUUAUGUAAAUGCAUGCCUGAAAUUUGAUUAGAUUGGCUGUGUUUUGUGUCUUAACAUGAUCAAAUGUAUUAAACUUUAUCUUAUGACUUGA